CUGGCUAACACGUGGCUCUGGCUUGAUAUAAUUGGUGUGUACCACCGGCCAAUUGCAGAGCCUCAGCGCUGCGACGUGUCUAGACAUGUACUGCAUUGAACACACAACGCUGAAGAACACAUCACGUCUGAAUCGCAUACCGCAGGAUCAUCUAAGUACUGCGCCACACGUAUCCAGGCGGGCGCCUAUCAGAAAUCAAUCCUGCUGCGUACAUCGGGAUUGACCGCGCAGUCCAAUCGAGCUAGCUUUCAAAUCAGCUAAUGGCCGGUAUUGUUGCAUGCUCGCACCGACCGGCUGGUCGCAAUGCAGGGAGUGGGCGCGUGUGUGUCGCGUAUCGCAGAUUUCGACGUGGCCACACGCUAUUCUUAGCGUUCCUACAGUACCCGUGCACGGAAAUGUCUUGGCUCCGGACUUCCCUGCGUCGACGCGGCUUCGCACGGUCAGCAAGAACACUACGAGCCUAACGUACACCAUCAGCGCCAUCACGCGCAACUGUCCGAGGCCACCCGGAGCUGAUCGAAACCCGCCCCCAUCUGCACGAGAGCACACCCGACCGCUUCGCGGAAGCGACCCAGCCGCCAACGCGCGGGUGCUAUUCAGCAGCGGGCUCGCGCCCAGGAGGUUGGUUACGGUUUCCCGAGAUCCUUCCAAGUACUGGGCUCUGAGUGCGGAGCGGAUCACUCAGCGCGUUCGAAUCGCUCGAAAUUCGAAUCGCACACGAUCAAAUCGAUCGACGGAGGAUCUCUGGCGGGACAAGUUUGUCAGCGGGGCGACAAUUUGAAUGAGCAGUGGGAAGGAAAGGACGGCUGUGAGUGGCCAGCUGGACGAAGCGCAGGCCCGAUGCGCAGCAGCAGCCACCGGGCUGGGCAAGCUGUGAGAUCGUUGUGGGCCUCUGACGAUCGAGUGUGCGAAUAGCCUCCGUCCGCAGCUCUCGGGCGCUUCGCCUGGGCCACGCUGCGGGUGCGGACGUGGGUUGGGGUUGGGCUCUUUUCGCGCGUCUGAG